CGCGCUCCUCCCCGCCGCGGACGCCGCCCCCGCGUAUCCGCCGAGGAAGCCGAGGCGAGCCCGGGUCGGGCGCGAGGGCGCGCGGGCCGCUGCUGCCACCGCGGGUGUUCCCUGCGCUCCCGCUCCAGCUAGGACUCUCUCUGCCGCCGCCGCCGCCUCCUCCUCCUCCGACCUCAGUCCUCACCACCCUCCUCCCGCUCCUCAAAAGCACCCCCGAGUCCCCACCCCCUCACGCCCCACCCGCGGGAACGAGGCCUUGGGAAUUCAGGGGAGUGGCUGUGGGGGCGCGUCGCGGCUCCCAGCUCGGCCAGCCCCUCUUUCAAGACAUGGUCUGAUCCCCAUUGUAAAAGCUGCGCCCCGAAGAGGAGGAGAGAGUCGUGCUCCCUGCCUGGGGCUGCAGGGAGCUCUCCGUGCUGAAGCUCUUGCAUUAUUUUAGGGUGGGGCGAGGAGGGCCCUGGAUUUUGGGGAGUGGGGGUGGGUGGGGAGGAGGACCCGAGGGGGGCAAGGACUCUGUGGGGGAGUCGGUGAGAGACUAUGGGGAAGGACCAGGAGCUGCUGGAAGCUGCUCGCACUGGAAAUGUGGCUCUGGUGGAGAAACUCCUCUCUGGCAGGAAAGGAGGGAUCCUGGGCGGUGGAUCCGGACCCCUGCCCCUGUCUAAUCUGCUAAGCAUCUGGCGAGGCCCCAAUGUGAACUGCACAGACAGUUCGGGUUACACUGCUUUACACCACGCAGCCUUAAAUGGACAUAAGGACAUAGUUCUCAAACUACUUCAGUAUGAGGCAUCGACAAAUGUAGCAGACAACAAAGGGUAUUUUCCUAUUCACCUGGCUGCCUGGAAAGGAGAUGUGGAAAUUGUGAAGAUUCUUAUUCAUCAUGGACCAUCACAUUCCAGGGUCAAUGAACAGAACAAUGAAAAUGAAACUGCCCUACACUGUGCAGCUCAAUAUGGACACUCAGAAGUAGUUGCUGUUCUCCUAGAAGAGCUCACUGACCCGACAAUUAGGAAUAGCAAGCUGGAAACACCUUUGGACUUGGCGGCACUCUACGGACGGCUUAGAGUGGUAAAAAUGAUCAUCAGUGCACAUCCUAACUUAAUGAGCUGCAACACUCGCAAGCACACGCCACUUCACCUUGCUGCGCGCAAUGGCCACAAAGCAGUCGUGCAGGUGCUGCUGGAGGCAGGAAUGGAUGUGAGCUGUCAAACAGAAAAGGGGAGUGCACUUCAUGAAGCAGCUUUGUUUGGAAAGGUGGAUGUUGUACGAGUUCUGUUAGAAACAGGAAUUGAUGCCAACAUAAAGGAUAGCUUAGGUAGAACUGUCUUGGACAUUCUGAAAGAACAUCCAUCUCAGAAAUCUCUCCAGAUUGCAACACUCUUACAAGAGUAUUUAGAAGGCGUGGGAAGAUCUACAGUCCUCGAAGAGCCUGUACAGGAAGAUGCAACACAAGAAACACACAUUUCAUCUCCUGUUGAGUCUCCUUCCCAAAAGACCAAAAGUGAAACCGUCACUGGAGAAUUAUCAAAACUCUUGGAUGAAAUAAAACUCUGUCAAGAAAAGGAUUAUUCGUUUGAAGACUUGUGCCACACAAUAUCAGACCACUACUUAGAUAAUUUGAGCAAGAUUUCAGAGGAAGAACUUGGGAAAAAUGGAAGCCAGAGUGUAAGAACCUCAUCUACAAUCAAUUUGUCACCAGGAGAAGUGGAAGAAGAGGAUGAUGAUGAAAAUACGUGUGGGCCAUCAGGACUUUGGGAAGCAUUAACUCCGUGUAAUGGAUGUAGGAACCUUGGCUUCCCCAUGCUUGCCCAGGAGUCCUAUCCAAAGAAGAGAAAUUACACUAUGGAAAUUGUACCAUCUGCUUCUCUGGAUACAUUUCCUUCAGAAAAUGAGAACUUUCUGUGUGAUCUCAUGGACACAGCUGUUACAAAGAAACCUUGCUCCUUAGAAAUUGCAAGGGCACCUUCCCCAAGAACUGAUAAUGCCUCUGAGGUAGCAAUUACUACUCCAGGAACUAGUAACCAUAGAAACAGCUCAACAGGCCCAACACCUGAUUGUUCACCUCCAUCCCCUGAUACUGCCCUCAAAAAUAUUGUAAAAGUCAUUCGACCCCAGCCUAAACAGCGAACAUCCAUUGUGUCUUCUCUGGAUUUUCACCGAAUGAAUCACAACCAAGAAUAUUUUGAAAUCAACACAUCUACAGGGUGCACAAGCUUUACUGCCAGUCCUCCUGCUAGUCCACCCACCUCUUCUGUGGGAACCACAGAAGUCAAGAAUGAGGGAACUAACCAUACAGAUGACCUCUCCCGAAAGGAUGACAAUGAUCCCGCAAAAGAAUAUGAUCCUGGGCAAUUUGCAGGCCUGCUCCAUGGAUCCUCUCCAGCCUGUGAGUCCCCUGAAAAUCCAUUUCAUCUCUAUGGGAAAAGAGAACAAUGUGAAAAAGGACAAGAUGAAGUCAGUUUGGCAAACAGUCCUUUGCCUUUCAAGCAGUCUCCAAUAGAAAAUAACGCAGAACCUUUGGUGAAGAAAAUUAAACCCAAAGUGGUCAGUAGAACAAUUUUUCACAAAAAAAGCAACCAACUCGAAAACCAUACCAUUGUUGGCACAAGAUCAACCAGGAGUGGAUCUCGGAAUGGGGACCAGUGGGUUAUGAACGCAGGGGGAUUUGUGGAGAGAGCCUGUACUCUGGGGAGAAUAAGGUCAUUGCCUAAAGCCUUGAUCGACAUGCAUUUGUCAAAAAAUGUCUCUAAAUCUGAUUCUGAUCUCAUUGCCUAUCCUUCCAAUGAGAAAACAUCAAGAGUUAACUGGAGUGAAUCUUCCACUGCUGAACACAGUUCUAAAGGGAAUUCUGAAAGAACACCAUCCUUCACAUCGGAAUGGGAAGAAAUUGACAAAAUAAUGAGUUCCAUAGAUGUUGGAAUCAACAAUGAACUUAAAGAGAUGAAUGGUGAGACCACAAGACCCAGAUGCCCUGUCCAAACAGUGGGACAAUGGUUGGAAAGCAUUGGGCUACCUCAGUACGAGAACCACCUGAUGGCUAAUGGAUUUGACAAUGUGCAGUUUAUGGGAAGCAAUGUUAUGGAAGAUCAGGAUUUGUUGGAAAUUGGAAUCCUUAAUUCUGGGCACCGACAAAGAAUUCUACAGGCAAUCCAGCUCCUUCCAAAGAUGAGACCCAUUGGGCAUGAUGGCUACCAUCCCACCUCUGUAGCUGAGUGGCUGGAUUCCAUUGAACUGGGCGACUACACCAAAGCCUUUCUAAUUAAUGGCUACACUUCGAUGGACCUGUUGAAAAAAAUCUGGGAGGUUGAACUUAUUAAUGUUUUAAAAAUCAAUUUGAUUGGCCACAGGAAACGUAUUUUGGCAUCUCUGGGAGACAGGCUGCACGACGAUCCCCCACAGAAGCCCCCUCGGUCCAUCACCCUCAGGGAACCCAGUGGUAAUCACACUCCUCCUCAGUUGUCUCCAUCACUUAGCCAAAGCACUUACACCACUGGUGGCUCCCUAGACGUUCCUCACAUUAUCAUGCAGGGCGAUGCAAGGAGGAGAAGAAAUGAAAACUACUUUGAUGAUAUUCCCCGAUCAAAACUGGAGAGGCAGAUGGCUCAGCAGUCGUCUGUCUGUGAAAUAUGGACGAAUCAGAACGCAGGAUUUCCUUUCUCAGCGAUCCAUCAGGUUCAUAAUACAGGAGACUGGGGAGAACCCUCCAUUACCUUGCGACCUCCGAAUGAAGCCACAGCCUCUACCCCGGUACAGUACUGGCAGCAUCACCCAGAAAAGCUUAUCUUCCAGUCGUGUGAUUACAAAGCUUUUUAUUUAGGUUCUAUGCUGAUAAAAGAGCUUAGGGGGACAGAAUCAACCCAAGAUGCUUGUGCAAAAAUGCGGGCUAACUGUCAGAAGUCUACAGAGCAAAUGAAGAAGGUCCCUACUAUUAUUCUUUCUGUCUCAUAUAAAGGAGUCAAAUUUAUUGAUGCAACAAAUAAGAACAUAAUUGCUGAGCAUGAAAUUCGUAAUAUCUCUUGUGCUGCCCAGGACCCAGAAGACCUCUCAACAUUUGCCUAUAUCACAAAAGAUUUGAAGUCCAAUCACCACUACUGUCACGUGUUUACUGCCUUUGAUGUGAAUUUAGCCUAUGAAAUCAUCCUAACCCUGGGACAGGCAUUCGAAGUCGCUUACCAGCUAGCACUACAAGCAAGAAAAGGGGGACACUCCUCCACACUUCCAGAAAGCUUUGAAAACAAACCCUCCAAACCCAUCCCCAAGCCCCGCGUUAGCAUUCGCAAGUCCGUGCAGAUCGACCCAUCUGAGCAAAAGACUCUGGCCAAUCUACCGUGGAUUGUGGAGCCGGGCCAAGAAGCCAAGAGGGGCAUUAAUACCAAGUAUGAAACCACGAUUUUCUGAUACUCGCCGUCCUCCUGUCCUCGCGGUGCCUUGCUCGCCAAGCGGUCCCGGAGCAGGCUUUCCUUCGCGCCUCCGCGUCCACCCAGCCCAGGGGGAAGACUGCUCUGAGCGUGCGGCCUUGUUACGGGCGAAAGGCCACUGGCCAUUCCUGGGGAAGUUCUUUCUGCACCAGUGAUGGAAAACGCAAGACUUUCCAGUCGCAACCCCUGAGAGGCGUGAGUUGAGAUGGGUUUUCCCUGAUGCUCCCGACUCCCCUCCCCACCACCUCCCAAGGUAUUUCUGAUGACUCCGCCCCAGUACUUAUUUGCUUUGCUUCGUUUGGGGAUAAUAAUACCUUUUCUUUAAAAAAAAAAAAAAAAAAAAAAAAAAAAAAAAAAAAAAAGUAAAGGGGAUCUCUAAUACUGCCUAAAAGUAUGCUUUCACUGUCAGCAGUUUUAAAGGUGAAAUCAGAGCAGCACUACCCCUCCCACCUCCAAAGCAUCUGUAAAAUCAUUCUAUCACUGAGUAUCGUUUAAUGCAAAAGGACAAAAACAACUCCCGUGAUAUGAUUGCCAGGAGAUUCUGUUUCCCCAUUUCUAUAUUUGUGGAUUUUAUAUGUAAUCACCUAUGUCAGAGAAAGAAAACCUUUCAACCAAAUGAUUGGUUCAAAAGGAAAGAAUGAUUCAAAACAGGAAUUUAUUAUGCACAGCAAAAUGUGUCUUGUAUUAAAUAUUUUUAUUAAAAGAAUGUUUCAUUAAUGCAUUGAUAAGAAAACUAGGUUAGUUGUGAGGGAUGUUUCUGGUUUCAUUUCAAAUAAUUAAAUUUCUACUGCUACUACCAAGAGGACUGGCUCAGUGGUGGCAAAAUACUGGUGAUGCUCCCUAGAGCAGGAGGCCCGGAAGUGCUGACGCAGCCAUCAGCCUGCCAAGAUUGUUUUUUAAUCUUCACAGUGUUUUAAAGAACAUGUUAAAAAAAAAAAAAAUCUAGCGCUCCUGCUGUCAAGAUUUCUGUCAUGGAAACCUUGUUUGAGAAAGGUGUUAAUAAAAUUCUAUUGCAAAAAUUUCUUUUUCUAGAAAAAAUAAAUACAAAAAAAAAAAGAAAUUCCAAAGUAAUAAAACUUUUCUUGAGACAAACAAAACAAAAGUUUGCUUACUAUUUGAUUAAAUAAAAUUUACUUACAUUUCUUUAAGGUAUUUUAAUUUUUUAAUGUCUCUGUGGAGUAUUUGUAUGAUACCAUAAUGUAUAUUUAUGUAGAAUCAAAUUAUAUAAACAGUACCAAUAUCAUUAUAGAAAAAAAUAACAUUUUAAUGUAUAUUGUUCUAACAAUCAUAUUGUGAAUCAUUUUGAAGUUCAUUAUAGCGAUAUUGAUAAAUUGUGGAAUUGUCUUAAUGUUUUUUUUAUUAACUGAUAUUAUUUUAAACCUAACUGAGAUGAUCAGUUACAUUCAUCAGUUGGUGAGUUUUGAAGACUAACUACAUUUUAUUUCAAACUAACAAAUGUAUACGGUUUUAGUUCAGUGUUGAAGAAUUUUAAUACAAUAUUAAAUUACUUGAACUGAACAGUUCCUUGUAUAUAUUUUGCCUAUUCACUGUUGAUAUGUAUGUAGCAAAAUGAGAGUUAAAUAACACUAAAAUAUGGUACCAGGAGGCAAUUGUAUAGGAGCAAAGUUAAUAGGCGCUUUGCUGAAACAGAAGCAUAUGUGUAAAUAAGCUUGGGCUUCCAGUUAUAAAUUUUGUAAUUUUUGUCAUUAUUUAUAUCCUAUAAAAAAAGCACACAAAAAUAAAACAGAAGUUGUACAGCA